UACCAUGUGUAUUAUAUGAGUUAUAGAUGCUUGCUAUGAAAAACCCUUGCAUUUUGAUAUAUAAUUGAUUUUUUUAAACUUUUAUUUUGUCUUAACAUUACAGAAAAAUUGGUCUUGGGAUAGUGCUUUGGAGCAUCAAAUUAGGGCUAAUUUUGAAAAGACGGCUUCCGAUCGUAUGACCGAUAUUUUAUUUCGUGUCAGAAAGGAUUUGAAUAAAAAACCCUCGUGGAUGCCGCUUUCUGUAUUUGAAGCCCUAAAGGAGUAUUGGAAUUCUGCAGAAUUCAAGGAUAAGUCUGAAAAAGGAAAGAAAAAUAGGGCUUCAGACGUAGGAGGUAGUAUGCAUACAUGUGGUUCCGUACCCAUGUCUGAGCAUAAAAAGAGAUUGUCAAGACAAUUUGGUCGCCCACCUACACAAGCUGAGUUGUUCCUCGCGACACAGAGAAGGAAAGACAAUUUCGGAUUCGUUGAUAGGAGGUCCGAGGAUACUUAUGCUAACUUUCAGACGCGACAACACGAGGCAUCAUCACAGUCAUCGGCUGUUGGCCAUUAAGAAGAUAGUAAAGCUGGGCAGCCUUCGCACCCAGCUAUUGACGAUAGAUCCUUAUGGUUGGAGGUUGCGGGAGGUAAGAAAAAGGGUCGUGUUUAUGGAAUGGGGUCAGAGGCACAUAUGAUUCCCGGUUCUUACUAUGUGCCGACACCACAGCCACCGCCACAGCCAUUGUCGUCCGUCUCACUAUCAGAUCAGAUACAAGAAGCUGUUCGGGUAGCAAUAGAACCCUUCAACCAGCGAAUCUCGGCUAUUGAAGAUAGACUACAUUAUCGUUCUUCAUCUUCGUCGCCCCAGAACCCUUUGGAUCAUUAGCAUGAUCUAUUAUUUGUAUGGAUAUGUAAUAUGGAAUUGUAGACGAUUAUGGAUUUGUAGACAUUAUUUGUAUGCAUGUUAUUUUUAUGUA